CUUUGAGUUAGUGAGACUUGGUUAGUGUUUAGUGUUUAUAAAUACAACUUCACGCUUAUUACUGCUUCCCAAAACAUUUGAAAAUCACAGUGCCAAAGUUGAUAAGAAGAAGGAGAGAUGAGCAGCAUCAGCAGCACCACAAUGGAAGAAGGGGAUGCAGUGCCUGUGGUCCUACCUGGGUUCAGAUUCUAUCCCACCGAAGAGGUGCUGGUGGGCUACUACUUGAAGAAGAAGAUAGAGGGCAAGGACUCUAACUUCAGGCACAUCAUCCCUGAAAUCGAUGUCUGCAAGCACGAGCCUUGUGAUGUUCCUGCGUUCUUUGAAGAGCCAGACUUUCCUGAUCAUGAGAUGGAAUGGUUCUUCUUCAGCCAACCUGAUUAUAAGUACACCAAUAGCACUCGCUGUAACAGGGCCACAGAUCAGGGCUUUUAUAAAAUCACAGGCAAGGUUCGUGAGAUUAAGGCUCGACGAUCCAAAGCUGUGAUUGGUAAGAAGAGGACCUUGACUUUCUACGAAGGUCGUGUGCCGAAAGCCAAGAAGACCAACUGGAUCAUGCAUGAGUAUUAUCUCACCAACACUGAACUGGCCCAACUUGGUCCUAAUCCCAAUCAGCAGAGGGACUUUGUUCUCUGCCGCCUGAAGAAUAAGUCAGCUAAUUAUAAGAAGGUGAAGGCUGAUUCUGGUUCUGGUUCUGGUGGCUGCAUUGCCUCUAAUUCUGAAGAUGAUCAAGCUGCCGCAACCGAUAUGAUUUCAGAGCCAUUAGAACAUCUGGCAUCCCAAGAGGUAGGAGAUGUUCUGAAUGGUAAUGGUGAUCAUGAUGAAUGCACCGAGUCUCCAAAUGGUACUGGUCUGAUAGACAACAAUGAUACUUCAACCUGUGAUGAUGAUGAAAUUGAUACCUGGAUUUUCUAUGAUUUUGAUAAUCAAGCUGCAUGUGAUCUGUUUCAAGAGUAUUGUGCUGAGCCAGGAGAAAAUCUGGAUUCACCCCUUCCUCCACCACAGCCACCUCUGCCACCUCUGCCACAGGAUUACUGCUCCUCCACACAGCAGUCAUCAUUAUACACAAAUCAGGGAAAUGUUCCUUAUGUCUAUGAUGGUGAAUGCAAUAGGCAGCAAUCUCCGAUUGGGGAUAGGAAUUCUUAUCUUUCACAUAAGAAUAAUAUGUCAAUGAAUAAUCAAAUUGAACCAGUGAGCAACAUUACUUAUGGUGUUCAAAAUCAAGCUACAAGUGAAAGUAAUUCAGAGGUUUAUAAUAAUUCAACCAAUGAUUUCAAGGAACCAGGUAGCAACAUCACUUAUAAUUGUAAUAAUGGAGCUCCAGAUGAAAGGAUUUUAGAGGCUGUUAAAUUUCAGGGAGACGGGCCAAAAGAAAAUCUGGGAUCACGCUUUGAUCCAUUUCAGCUACAGGAUUUCACACUGCUGUCACCAAUGAACUCAGAACUGGGAGAUUUUGAGCAUGGCAAUAAACUAUAUUGGCAUGCAAUGAGUUGUAAUCUCUGAUCUGGAGGUUUUGACUCUUUUCCCUCAAAGUUCUUACAUACAGUUAUUGUUGACCAGAAAUAUUAUUAUCCUGUGAAGAAACAACCCACACUACUUUCAAUGACUCUAAUAUAUCAGAGUCAUAAGAAAGAUUCUAUAAUAGCAGUAGUGGAGUAAGAAGAAGUGGAAGCAAAAAACAGUGAAUUACUAUGGAUGGGUAGUAGUUUUAAUCUGCAUUAGCUGUACAAGAGACAGUGCAACAUAGUUAGUGAACCACAAUAUUUUACUUUUAGGAGAACAUCAGUAGGAGCCUUGUAUACCCCAAGAGGUAACAUCACCCUUGUCUACAUUUCUGGAACUUGAGGCUUUGGAAACUUCUUCAUAGUUGUGGACAUCUAUGUCCAGGACAAACGAAUCAGGUUAACUAAGUCUGUUCUUGGUGUUUUGGGUCAUUGCUGUGUGUCACAGCAUUCCCAACUUUUGGAAACUUGAAGCUUGUAAGGUGAACUUGCUGAUCACUGAAAAUUGGCAACGUUUGAAAUGCCAUCUGGAACUCUAUUCUCCUCCGGCAAGUCCAGACAAAAUAAUUUGGAGACCGUGUCUCUCCUGUCAACUGAACUACAAAUGUUACUCAAAUCAAAUAGUGUACUCUCUUAAUCAAAGGUCACACCAUGCCUCAAUAUCUGUUCAUGUUCAUACAUGGGAGGUGCUGUGAGAAGAAUCCGACUGCAAAGCUGUAUCACAAGACAAGGUUAGGGAAGGUACAGAGUAUUGUAUUGCUCUCUUCACCUGAAAACCAAGUCCUGGAAGUAUACAGUUCGAAGCAGGUGACAAUAGGGUUCUUUUGAUGUUAAUGGAAGCACCACCUUGAAACCAUUAAGCAAGUCCCGGAUAGGGCAUGGCAUAAUAUUUUGAUUCCAAGUUCUAGCUCUAGCCUUAUUCUUAGGCUUUCGUUCCCAAGUUCUUGCUGUAGCCUUAUUCUCAGGCUUUCGUUCCCAAGUUCUUGCUGUAGCCUUAUUCUCAGGCUUUCAUUCCCAAGUUCUUGCUGUAGCCUUAUUCUCAGGCUUGCGUUCCCAAGUUCUUGCGCUAGCCUUAUUCUCAGGCUUUCGUUCCAGCUGUAGCCUUAUUCUCAGGCUUUCGUUCCCAAGUUCUAGCUCUAGCCUUAUACUCAGGCUUUCGUUCCGCACUCUAUUGUUCUGGAAGUGGCAUUAUACAGGAUCUGCUUCUACAUGGCUGCUGGAGUCUCGAUAUAUAAUACAGUGACCAGACGCUAAUGUGACGUUAUGGUUAUUGGUAUGGAAGUUCGAGAUUCCUUCCUAAAUGGAGUAGUAAUUACAAUCAUUGUAAAACUGCAUGAUUAUGAUUGGUUUAAAACCUAUCACCUUCAAGCAGAAACAACCAACCCCUACAAUCAUUGUAAAACUGUAUUAUUAUUAUUGGUAUCCUUGUAAAUGUUGUUGAUUUUGUUUUUGUAAUUGGCCUAUAUCAAAUGCUGCGGUCCUGUGCAGCAUUCUUGCGGCCCUUGUGCACUGUAUCUUUGUCAAUUUUGUAUAUUAAGAACCUUUCAGUGUUGAAUGGAA